CCCACCUAUAAUGAAGCACCCCAUGUGAUUGGUCUCGUCAAGUGUAAUGGGCACUAUGAUGGUCUUAGAAGUAUUCCCGCCCUGAUGAACAGAUCCUAUUAUUGCCGCCAUAGUGAUCGAAGCUAUAAUGUUGAAAAUGCAAGUAACCAUAACUGCAAAGGUCAAAAUUGCUCUGCCUGUUACCAUCAAAAUAAAACCUGUCCAAACUUUGCCACCUGGGCCAAACCUACCAUGUAUUGUCCCGAUUGCAACCGUAUGUUUUUUGGGCAAGAUUGUCUUCAAGCGCAUAAAACCAAAGGAAAGAAAAGA